AUGAAAGUGUUAGCAAUAACACUAUGGGUUCUCUUGUUUUUUAUUUUGACAAACACCAAGUUUGUUAUUUGUGUAGGCAUUUGCAGAGAAACUGAGCAACGAGCGUUGGAGUGCUUGAAGAAAGAAGUACAUGAUCCCUUGGGUCUUCUCUCUUCUUGGGUUGUUGGAAAAGAUUGUUGCGAAUGGGAAGGGGUCGUGUGUAACAAUCUGACUCGUCACGUGAUUGAGCUACACAUAAUUAGUGAUUGGGGAGGUUGGGUAGUUUCGAGAAAGUUGUUUCGUUCGACAUAUCCAAGGAUCAAUAGCCUUGAGUGUCUGCCAAGUCUUUUGAGUCUUCAGCACUUGGAGAUGCGUUAUGUGGAUCUCAGCAAUGCAACUAAUUGGCUACAGGUCAUUAACAUGCUUCCUUCUCUUGUUGAUCUUAGUUUAUCCAAUUGUAAACUUAAUCAUAUACAACCUCUACUUCAUCACAAUUUUUCUUCACUUGAAACCCUCGAUCUUUUUGGGAACAACUUUAAUUCUUCUGUUCCCAAUUGGGUUUUCAACCUCGCCAGUCUCGCUUCUCUUAAUUUGAGUCAUAGUAGUUUUACUGGCCCGUUUCCUGACGAUCCAGUUAACUUGACUUCUCUCACAUCCUUCAGGGCUUCUGAUAACUCUUUCGAUUGUCUUUUACCCAGAUGGUUAUUUGAUCUAAGUAAUCUUGAAUAUAUUAAUCUCAGAGGGAGUGGACUUGAAGGUGCAAUACCGAGUAAAAGGGAAAACAUGACAAAACUUAAAUCUCUCAUUCUUUCGAAUAAUAUGCUUUCUGGAAAGUUACCAAAUGUAAUUGGAAAGUUAAAGAAAUUAGAAUAUCUUGAUCUCUCAGAUAAUCUAUUUGAUGGGGAAGUAUCUGAAUUAUUCAACGGUAGGAGUAAUUUCUUUAAAGCAGAAAUGGGAAAUAGUUCUUCUCUGAGUCAUUUGUGUCUAGACAACAAUAAUCUCACUGGAACUCUUCCAAAAAGUCUUGGUCAACUUUCAGUGCUAGAAGACUUUUCCAUCAAUCACAAUAGGUUGGAAGGUGUUGUAACAGAAAGUCAUUUCUCUGAAUUAACCCAAUUGCGGGUAUUUGUUGCAUCUGGAAAUAAUCUAACUUUAAAAGUGAGUGAAAAUUGGAUUCCACCUUUUCAAGCCACGUACAUGGAAAUAGGCGGCUGGAAUAUAGGCCCUCUGUUUCCCAUGUGGCUUCGAACUCAGAAGAUGAUAACGCGAGUUGACAUAUCAGAUGGUGGAAUACAAGGUGAGGUUCCAACUUGGUUUUGGAACUUGUCUUCUCAAAUCAAACUUCUCAAUCUUUCUCACAACCAAUUUGUUGGUGAGGUUCCAAUCAUCUCAACACCUUCUUCGUCAGUUGGAAAUGGAGAUGGUGAUUGGUUAAUAUACUUGGGUUCCAACAAAUUUAGUGGGCCACUACCGUUAAUUUCAACCAAUGUAACUGAGCUAGAUCUCUCGAACAAUUCUUUUUCAAAAGGUUUAUCUAACUUUUUGUGUGAAGCAAAAAAUGGACCUUAUAAAUUGGAAAUCUUAAACCUCGGGCGAAACUAUUUAUCAGAAGAAAUUCCUAAUUGUUGGAUGAAUUGGCCAAGUUUGAGAGUUUUAAUCUUGAGGGACAAUAACUUGAUUGGAGGCAUACCAAGAUCCAUGAAGGUUUUGAGUGAUCUGCGAUCCUUGGACUUCCGAAGAAAUAGACUUAAUGGUCCAUUUCCUUCAUCCUUGAACUGCACAGAACUGUAUAAAAUAGAUUUAGCUGAGAAUGAGUUUGUUGGAAAAUUACCUUCUUGGUUGGGAUUGAGGUUUCCAACCUUGAUAGUCCUUAUCCUUCGGUCCAAUAAAUUCGAUGGUGAAUUGCCUCAAGAACUUUGUCACCUCAAAGAUCUUCAGAUCUUAGACCUUGCAAACAAUACAUUCAUUGGAAUCAUACCAAGGUGUAUUAGCAAUUUCAGUGCAAUGGUCAAAGGAAAAACGGAACUGGAAGAUUAUAAGUUACAUUAUUCCACUUCUUUUGAAGAUCUGAUGGAGAGCGUAAUACUGAUUACUAAAGGCAACAUGUAUUAUUCCAAAGAUUUUGGAGAUCCGAUAGAGAGCGCAAUGGUGAUGACUAAAGGCAACAUGUAUCAGUAUGACACCAUUUUGAUGUUGUUUACAAGUAUGGAUAUGUCUAGCAAUUAUCUUUCUGGACAUAUUCCUAUAAGUCUAACACGUCUUAAAGGAUUAAGAUCAUUUAAUUUUUCCAAAAAUAACCUAACUGGUGGGAUUCCAAAUGGUAUUGGCGACAUGAAAACAUUGGAAUCUGUUGAUCUUUCAGAAAAUCAACUUUAUGGUCAAAUCCCACAAAGCUUUUCGAGUUUGUUCACUUUGAGCUACUUGAAUCUAUCUGAUAACAAUUUAUCAGGUAUGAUACCAUUGAGCACUCAACUUCAAAGCUUUGAUCCCACUAGUUUUCAAGGAAACAAUCUUUGCGGGCUUCCACUCUUGGUGAACUGCAGUCCAGGUGGUAAAACUCCAAAUCUUGAGUAUGAAGAAGAUGAGAAUGACAAAGAUGAAGUGGAUUGGUUCUAUAUUUCAAUGGCAAUAGGAUUUGCACUAAGCUUUUGGGGUGUAUGUGGUUCAUUGCUUUUUAAGAGAUCAUGGAGACAUGCUUAUUUUCGUUUCUUAGACCGUAGCUGGGAAACGUUGCUUGCAAAGGCUCCGAUAUGUUGA